GGUAUGUUAUAAAUAUAAGCAGCAAUUACAUUUUUGCCAUUACUAUCGUCUUUGUGGUCCCGCCCUAAUUUUUAACCAUCAGUUGCCACCAGGGGUUGAAUUGGUGACCUUUUUGGAAUUGGUGCAGUCGUUCCUAAAGCGUUGGGUCGAGCACAGAGCGGUAAUAACGAAACAUUCUCACCAACAUGGACCCUAAAGUGUUCUACUCGUCUGCUGCUCCUGUAGAUGCAGACUUGGCCAAGGCCAUAAUGGCUCAUCGGUUCCAUCCCUCCGUCAUCGGCCCAGAGGCCUGGGAAGGCUACACUUUCUCAGACCAGGAGAUCCGGAUCAAAGAGUCCACAGAUCUCUACGGAGCCGUCCUCUGGCCCUCGGCGAUGGUGCUGUGUCACUUCUUAGAGACCAACAGAGACAGAUACAACCUGGCAGACAAGAACGUCAUCGAACUGGGGGCCGGGACUGGACUGGUCACCAUCGUGUCCAGUAUGUUAGGUACGUUGCGUUUCUUUUAGCGGGGGUCAUUUAUCGUCUU